AUGAAUAACAAAUUUGUAAUAUUAUUAAUUUCAACUAUAUUAAUUAUUUCAAUUACAUUUGUAAAAUGUGAUGAUUUUGAUCAAUCAAAAAAAGCAGAGUUUAGUUUUUAUUGUGAUACAAAUUGUGAUAGUGAUAAUGAAAAUCCUGAUGUUGUAACCUUGGAUGUUGGAUCUUGUCAAUCUUAUAGUGACCAUUGUCAAAAGAAUCCACAAUCAAUCAAUAUUUUUACAAGUUAUAAUAUUACAACUCAACUCUAUACCUUUAAUGCAUCAAGUCCAUCAAAUGCUCAAUGUACUGGUGGUAUUUCAGGUUAUCCAGAUCAAACUGUUUCAUGUGAUCAAUGUUUUACUUUUAUGGGUGGUAAUAGAGCAACACUUAGAUGUAGUGAUUCUUCAACCUUAUUAUCUUCAACUCUCUUUGUAAUUUCACUUGCUCUUUUUGUUUUAUUAUUUUAA